AUGAAGAUGAUUCAAAUGGGAUUGAGACUUGAGAGUAAUUUAAGUUCGCGAUCAGUAUUGGCUUCACCUGGUGGAUAUGCAGCAACUGGUAAACGGCGAAAGUUGUGUAACAGGAUUCCAGAGCAUGAGAGGAGCAAUGUCCACAGAGAAUGUUACCUAGGAAAACUUACCUUGGAAAACUUGAUUAAAUUGCAUUUAACGAAAUGGUCCAAUAUUCUUAAAAGAAUAUUAGAUGUUAUCCUAUUUUUGGGUGAACGUGGAUUGGCUUUUCGGGGAUCCUCCCAGCGAUUUGGAGAUGUAGAUAAUGGCAACUUUUUGAAUCUUAUAGAGUUACUUUCACAUUGGGACUCUAUACUUAAAGAGCAUGUAUUGUCAGUGGAAGAAUCUCAGCGAAAAGGUAAAAGACUUCAAGUUCAUUAUCUAUCAGCUGAUACUCAAAAUGAAUUCAUUCCAGAAUGCUCAGAUUUGGUGCAGCAGCAUAUUUUACAAGAAAGAAGAUCUGCUAAGUAUUUCGCAAUAAUGGUCAAUGCAACGCCAGAUUCGUCUUAUACAGAGCAAACAACAUUCAUAUUACGGUAUGUAAUAUUAAAAGAUUCACAAUAUGAAAUUGUUGAAUGA